CUUGUGUUAUGAUUUGUUUCUACGUGGUUGGCAACAAUGAUAUGAAGUGAAUUUUUUCAUGUUCAGCCAGAAGAAGAAAGCUUUAUGUGUGUUUUCUGGCGCAAAUUUAUGGUAAACUACUACUUCCAGCCAAGAGUGUAUAAAAGGACCCCUGGUGCUCGCAAAUAUAGAAAUUAUUCUGAAGAAACCUUACAGGACGCUUUGCAAGAAAUACAGAGUGGUGCUAUUUCAUUGAAUAAGGCAGCAAAGAAGUAUGGAAUCACUGCAUCAACUCUUUGCAGAAAAUUACAUGGCAAAAAAAAUGAAAAAUGUUGGUAGACCUGAGGAUGAAAAAUGUCUUGCAGAGGGAAUUAUGCUGGCAAGUGAAUGGGGGGUUUCCAUUUACUCAGUUCGAUGUUCAUCUCAUUGUGAAAGGGUUUUUAGGUCGAAGAGGUACUGUAGAGAAUCAUUUUACAAACAAUAUGUCUGGAAUUGAUUGGAUACGAGGAUUCCUUGAUAGACAUCGAUCAGUUCUGUCAGAGUUUGUGCCAGAAUAUAACUCGAGCAAGAGCAGCUCUCACUGCAGAAGUGAUUGAAUAAUAUUUUGAGGAAUUGAAAAAAUCUCUCAAUGGGCUGAUUCAAGAAGCAGUCGCAAACUACGACGAAAUUAACACGACCGAUGACGCCCAAAGGUAAAAAGUUAUUACUCGCAGGGAAUAUAAGCAUCCAGACCGAAUAAUUGAUAACUCAAAGUCUAGUGUUUGUGUAAUGUUUUGUGGUUCAGCCUCUGGAGUUGUUCUACCUGUCUAUGUUUACUACAAAGCAGUACACCUGUAUGACUCGUGGACUGAAGGCGGCCCUACUGGCUUUCGGUACAACAGAUCUAAGAAUGGUUCGUUCAAUGGGAUGAUUUUUGAGGAGUGGUUUCACAGUGUUGCUUUGCCAUACUUCAGAAAGUUGGAUAAAGAUUCUCCUAAAGUACUCAUUGGGGAUAAUCUCAGCAGUCACAUUUCAAUGAAAGUUAUCAAUGAGUGUAAAGAGAACAAUAUUCGUUUUGUCCUACUGCCACCCAACAGCACCCAUUUGUGUCAACCGCUUGAUGCAGCAUAUUUUAGGCCUCUUAAGAGGUCUUGGCGGAAGGUUCUUGAUUAAUAUAAGACUAAACACAGGGGACCCAUUCCAAAAGAUUGUUUCCCUCAUCUAUUGAAGAAAUGUUUGAAUGAUUUCGAAAAAGAUGGUUCGUCUAUGCAAAUCUUGAUAGCAGGGUUUGAGAGAUCUGAGGCCUCACAGACCAGUGCAAAGCAUUCAGUUAAUCAGUGCUCAAACUCACAGCACAGGAAGAAAAAGCGCCUUGCUGUAAUACCGGGGAGAAGUGUUUCAGUGGAUGACAUUCAGCAACUACCGGUACAGCAAAAUGAGAAAAAAUAGCAGCCCUCAGGUUCCAGUACUAAAAAAAAAGAAGGCGAAGAAGAGACUGAAUAACCCUCCUGGGAACCAACAAGUACAAUCUGUACAACAUCAGGUCAAGAGCACUAAUAAAAUGAGAAAACAGAAUACCUCACAGGUGAUUUGUACUGGCAGUGACACCGGUAGUGAGACUAGUGAUUAUUCAGUACAUGAGUCUAGCAGUGACAUAGACCUUAUCUGUAGUUCCCCUGAACAAUAAGGAGAAGAAGAAGAAGAAGAAGAAGAAUACCGCCAGGAAGAUGAAGAAAGGCAGUUUCAUCAGUACACAACUGCCAGAACUGGAAAUAUUGACCAUAGUCACCUAAAGCCAAAUGAUUUAAUCUUGGUGUAAUAGUGUCACAUAUAGUGUGAAAUUCAUGAGAAAAUCAACAAAAGCAUCAAACAUAUACAUAUUCCCUCAACAAGAUGACAUGGGCUCUAUAAACAUAAAAAAUGUUGUCCGUGUUGUUACCCCUUUAUUUGAAAAAGAGGACGCUACUAUUUUCCAUUGGAAACAUAAGCUUGUACUUAAAUUUACAAGUAAUUCUUUAACUAUUUUGCACUAAUGUCACCCUCAUGUAAUACACAUUUUGAAUGUACAUCAGUAGGCAAUGCUUCAAAAUGUUUACAACUGGUACCAGUGGUCAA